AUGGAGAACAAUAGAAGAGAAUGUCACAUUUGUAACAAGUCAUUUUCUAAUGGAAAAGCAUUGGGAGGCCACAUGAAAACUCACUUGGCUAAAUUACCAAUUCCUCUAAAAUCUCCAAUCAACAACCAAGCACCUGAACACUCAGUUGAGUCCACCAAACAUCAAACUCACUCUAUUUCUACAUCCUCCUCAUCAAUUUCCAAUCCAAAAAACCCUAUACAUAAUCUCCGAGCUUUGAAGAGGAACUUUUAUCAUACCCUUUUAAACUUCGGUAAGAAUAGUGUGUUUGAUUCUUUUCCAAAAAACCCAACUGGAAAAAGAUCGAAACGUGGUCGUAGACAAUUUAAUUUGGCUGAAGAUAAUACAAUAUUCAAUGUGGCUAAAAAGAAAGAAGAAAAUACAAGAUUUAACGUGGCUGAAGAAAAUGAAGAGGAUACACGAUUUAAUACACAAAUUAAAUUAGUGUAUAGUGAUUUGGAUACAGAAGCUGCUGAAACAUUGGCUAUUAUUUGUGUGAACGAAUGGAAACAAGUUGAGGAGAAAUACUAUAUUGAAAAGAAAAAGGUUAGUGAAAAUGGCAACAUCAUGUUUGAGUGCGAUAUUUGUCAUGAAGUUUUUCAAUAUUGCAAAGAUCUUGUUAGACAUGAAGCAAUCCAUAAGAAAAAUAACAAUCUAUCUGAAGAAAUUGGUAUAAGUGGAAAGGAAUAUGAUGUUGUAAAUGAAGAAGUUCACAAGUGCACAUAUUGCUUGAAAUUUUUUGAAUUUGAUCAUGUACUUGAGGAACACAAAACGGUACACUUAUCCAAUUUUUCUGAUUCUAACCCAUAG